AUGGCUUCCUCGCUUCCGUCCGCGUCAGAGUCCCUGGUCGACGAAUUGCCUCCGGUUUCGCCCACUGCGGCGAUUAAGGCGGCUGUUGUGCGCAUUACUGCGGCCGCUACUGGCGGUGCUGUGCUCGGUGGUGCUCUAGGCUUUGGGCUGGGCUUCGUGGCGCGCGAGGGCACCAAGGUAGCGAUGCGCGAGUCUGCCUUCGGCCUAAAGACCGUGGCUAUCAUGUCAGCUGUCUAUGCUGCCACGUCAGCAGCUAUUGAGAACCUGAGGAAUGAUCUGCUUGACAGUGCAAAGCCAGGGCUUGCUGGAUGUGCAGCUGGAUUGGCAGCAAGUGUUCCAGGUCCACCAAUGGCAAUGUUGCAAGGGUGUGCUGCCUUUGGCCUCCUUUCCUUUGUCUUGGAUUUCUUCGCACCGGCUGAAGCAUCUGCCAUCUCGGUCCCAUCAAUUUGCUGCUGCAUCAACUCUCCGCCACCCCCCUUCCCCCCCUGCCCGUUUUCCGUGUGCAUUCCCCGCGCCGAUUUUCCGCGUGCAUUCCCCGCGCCCAUUUCCCGCGCGCAUUCCCCGCACCCACGCCGCGCGCUUGCCCUUCCCCCACUUUCUGUUCCAUCAGCGGAAGCUCUUCUCCGCGUGCGCGCGACGCUGCAGCUGUCGCAGGAGUCCGCACUGCCGUCGUGGUCCGAUGCGACGAGUCCGUGCGACGGCGGGUGGGAGUCGGACGUGAGAUGCGACCCCGACACCAAUCAAGUCGUCCAUCUCGACAUAUCGAGUCUGCAGCUAUCGGGACCCAUCCCAGGCGCGGACCUCGCGCACCUCUCCUACCUCACCUACCUCAACCUCAAGAUGAACAACUUCUCGGGGCAGCUGCCUGAGUCGCUGGGCGCACUCACCAACCUCGUUGCACUCAACGUGGGCAACAAUCAGCUCACAGGGGAGAUCCCAGCAACCUACUCCGCGCUCUCGCAGAUCGUCUACUUCAAGGCAUCGCGCAACAAGCUGGACGGCGCCCUUCCCGACUGGUUCGGCUCAUGGCCGCGCCUCAUGGACCUGUCAGUACCCUCGCUUGCCCUCUCUUGCCCUCGCUCGCCCUCGCUCGCCCUCACUCCCGCCCCUCACCCUCUCCCUGCUCUACCACACCCUCUAUACUACUUACCUCCCAUCCAUUCCAGACCCUGUGUUUCUGAAGCGCUUCUUAUGCCUCGUACUGCUUCUUCCUUCUCCCUCCUCCUUUCUCUCCGUGCCAGAGAGCUCUUCAAGAACGGCUUCACAGGCUCCAUUCCCGAAUCUCUUGGCAACGUGCAGUCUCUGGUUGCCCUGUCCUUGGACGAGAAUGCCCUGUCCGGCUCGCUGCCUGCGUCUCUGGGGUUGCUGCCGCGCCUUGAAGCCCUCUAUGUGGUGUCCAACAACCUACAAGGGCCCAUCCCGGAAUCCUUCAGAGGCAUGCAGAGCCUCAAGUACAUUGAUCUCAGCUUCAACCUGCAGCUCUCAGGCUCGCUACCGGAUUUCUUUGGCGCCAUGCCUUCUCUCGAGUCCAUCGCCCUCGAGUCAUGCGGCUUCACCGGUCCCAUCCCACCCACCCUCGCAUCUCUCCCCAACCUCCGGGAGCUUUUCCUCGACCACAACUCGCUGCACGGCGCCCUGCCACCCUCCCUAGCCACCCUCUCAGCGCUCACAGCGCUCUACCUCAACAGCAACCAGCUCUCGGGAGCAAUUCCCGAGGACCUGUGUGGGCUGGGGUCGCUUGGGGUGCUCAUGCUAGGGCAUAAUGAUUUGGAGGGGGGCAUUCCCGCGUGCCUGCUAGCGCUGCCCAACAUCACCACGCUGGACCUGUCAUCCAACCGCCUGUCAGGCUCCGUCCCACCCGUCCCUCCUGCCUCCUCCAUUGACUUCCGAGUCGGCGGAAACUGCCUGGAAGGAGCGCCGCAGCAGCUUUCCCCUUGCCCCACAGGCACUUCUCCCCUUGUAUCUCAUCUCCUCAUCUUCCCGUGCCCUCAAUCUGUUCCCUACCUACACCCUAUCACUUACACACCCCUCCCCUCCCUUUUCCCCCCAGUGCCAGUGACGGAGAAUGGGCUGUCUAAGCGCGCCACCAAGAACCUCACCACGCUGUAUGGCAAGGGCAGCUUCGGCACUGUGUACCUGGCCCAGGACUUCCUGCUGGACCAUGCCAACCCACACGUCAUCAUCAAACGAGCCCAUGACCCUGAGAAGAUGAGCGAGGAGCAGUUCAAGGAGAAGGUGGACGAGCUGGCGAGGGCGAGGCACCGCUGCCUGGUGGCGCUGCUGGGCUACUGCAUGGGCAAGACGGAGCGCAUGCUCGUCUUUGAGUACAUGCCCUAUGGCACGCUCUUUGACCGCCUCCACCGGUCCAACCUGGACCCGAUGCCGUGGGAUGCGAGGGUGCGGGUGGCGGUGAACGUGGCAUCUGCUUUGGCCUAUCUGCAUCACGGCGUGGACCCGCCUCUCACCCACCGCGCUGUCACCUCCUCUAACGUGCUGCUCGGUGCCGACAUGACUGCCAAGCUGUCGGACUACGGGCUGGCGAGGGGCUGUGCGGCACAGGCAGCGGACGACCUGGCGAGGCGGCGCCGCGCGCACCGCAGCUCGCGCAGCCGAGGCACGAGCAUCGGCAGCACGGGGCAGCUCGACAGCCUCCGAGGGGGCACUAGCCCUGGCAGCAGCGCCCGCAGCAGCACGGUUGGCAGUUCUGGUAGUGACUUGCUAGGCGGCGUGGGCGGACGGUCGUUUGGGAGUGGCAGGCGGAGGGGUGGAGGGGGGGAGAGUGGGAGCGACACGGAUGGGGAGAAUGCGGUGCUGUCGCGGGAAAGCACUCCGCACCUCGCGAGGGAGAGGGAGCCGAUGCUUUCGAGGGAGAACAGGAUUACGAGCAUGGAUGAGAGGAAGGCGGAUGUGUAUGGGUUCGGAGUGGUGCUGCUGGAGCUGAUCACGGGGCAGAAGGCCAUGCAGGACGUGCAUAUCACCAGCCUGGCGGCGCCCUUCCUAGAGGAUGACCAGAUGAUGCCCCUCAUGGCUGACAGUGCCCUCGCAGGCUACUUCAACCAGGACGAGCUGGUCUCUCUCGCCUCCAUAGCCCGGGACUGUGUGCACCAGGCGCCCUCCCAGCGCCCUUCCAUGCUGGACGUGCUGCGAGCCCUUGAGGACACAGUGGACGAGGACCUCCUCUCCUCCCUCCAGGGCCCCUCCACGCGCCUCCUCUCCCCGGGCUCCACUGCCAGUGGCAUCACCAGCACCAGCAACGGGGACCGGUAUUCCGCCCUGGCGACUGACGGUGCUUUUGACGAUGCUGCUGGGGGAGUGGCGAUGGGUGGAGGUGCGGGGAUGGGGGGAGGGGGAGCGGGGAAGCGGAGUGCAGGAUCGUCGUUAAUUGAUGUGAUUUCGGCGUCGUUCCGGAGGCGAGGGGGUGGGGAGAAGGGAGGGGGAAGAGAGGAGGGCAUGCAGAGGGGGUCGGGGCAAGGCCCCCCGUCGCUGAAUCUGUCAGGGAGGAGUGAUGCCUCAGACAUAGAGAGCUCGUCCCUGCUUUAUAUCACCCCCAAGGGGCACUGA